AUGUUCGCCCCGGAGGGAUAUUCCGCCAGUAAGCGGUCGAACCUCGCCGCCAAGCGAAUGUCAAGGGACGACCUCUAUAUAAACACCCAGUCCUCUUCGAGGGCGUUCAAGUCAUACCACAUCCCCAUCAGAGGGAAGCUGCCCUCCCCCACCGGUAGUCUCCGGUCUCGAUCACCCGAAGCUACCAUCCCCGUCAGGACCCAGACCCCCGAUUCCAUGGACGGCAUCGUCGCCGCCCCGAUCGGCAUGGCUCUCGGGAGCCCAGGCAUCCCGCCUUCAGCCGGCGGUUCUUCCGCGAGCCAGGCCUACUGGCGACCCCAAUUCGCCACCGGCCUCAGCGGAACGCCCACUAGUAGUGCCGCGGCGCCUUGGGACGAGCCUCCCGAGACGACGCAGGUGAAGAAGUCGGGCAAGUGGAGGCUCUUUGGUCGCCGGGGAACGAAAAAGGAGAAGUCCACGACAGCCACGCCUGACUUUGUCGAGUCGCCCAUGGUAGAGUCUCGGCCCAAGACUUCGGGUGGUGACAAGCGAGCGGCCGAGGUCUCUAGGAGCAACACGACAGCCGCGAAACAGGCCCCUCCCAGCAUCAAGCCUAUCAUGAUACGCUCCCAGACGGAGCCCAUGAUAGAAACACCCACGAGCACCGUCCCCAAAGAACCAAAGACCCCCAAGACCCCUAAGGCGCCUCUGCUCUCUCGCAAGGCGUCCUCCAAGUCGAUUCGCGAUGGCAUCAAAAAGUCGGACAUUUCCGCCCCCAUCCCUCUCAACCGGCCUCCCAUGGAGCGUUAUAGCAUCAUGUUUGGCGGCAUCCUACAUCCCGAUAGGCCCGCGCAGCCCUCGCGCAACAGCAUCUUUGCCCGCCGGCAAGCUACCCUCAAGAGACUUCAGCUCAUCCAAGACGCCAUCAUUGAGGAGGAGAACGCACGUGCUAGGGGCGAAGUUGUCCCCGUCGCAGUUUCGACGCUUGCGAGGUCUGCUGCCACGGUUUCGCUGGAGCCUUCUCGCCGACCCGUUGCCCGCAGCAUGAAGGCGGAGAUUGUUGCUCCGGUCAAUCCUGUACCCGCUGUGCCUACCUUGACCGCCGCCCCGCCAGCUCCGCCAGCGCCACCUUCCUACCAGUCUCAUGCCGUCACCACUCUCUCGCUCAAACACCUCGCCCGCGGUUCUUCCUUCUCCCUUGAAGGGCAAGUGAUGUCGCAAAUUCCGAGAAAGGCGCCCGCGAACGCGGCCCCACCCGAAAUGUCGGCGAGGGACAGAUCUGCUAGCCGGACUCGGGCGGCCCAGCGCCUCGACCAGGCCCGCCAGGUCCGCGAACGCGAACGCUCUCGCGGUCGUGAGCCGGCGCAAGCACGCGACGUCUCCCAAACGCGCGAGCAACCGCCGCGGUCCGCCCAGCCGGCCCAGGUUCCCGUUGAGGCUGUUGCCAGCGUUGCUCAGCCCGCCCCGCUUAAUAUAUCCAAGGUGCCCAGGCCCGCCGUUCAAGAGGUCGUACAACAACAACAACAGCAACAGGCUCCGACCCAGAGCCCGGCCGUGGCCGCGGCCCGCGCGCGAGCCCAAUCCCAGUCGCGCACGCGCAUCCCGCAGCCCAUCCAGACCAGCCAAAUCCAACCGCAGCAGGCGACCAUCUUCAGGCCGGACCAGUCGGCUCUGAUCCUGGACUCGCCCACGGCGGGCAGCGGCGCCGAAGCGGCUUCGUCUUCCAUGGCCUCGAUGGCGGCUCAGCCCAGGGUGGUUCCCGCCGAACCGGUCUGGCAGAUGGCUUCGCCGCCUUCGACGGGCAUCCCGUCGAGCGCCGGUAGCAGCAGCGGCGCCAGCUCGUCGCGCAUGCGGUCGGCGUCGUCGGCGUCGAGCACGUACACGCACACGACCAAGCCGUCCAUCGACGAGCCGGACGUGAACCUAAAGAGCGCGGUGGAAAUUUCUAUCGCGCGCCAAAUCAGCAUCUCGAGGCAGCAGCAAAACAUGCUUCAGCAGCCCGGGAGGACGAGGCCGUGGAUGAGGGCGGACGUGACUCCCAUGGGUGUCGGCGGCGUGCCCUCGACGAUUCGCAAGGUUCCUGGACGCGUGGUCAAUAAUGCGUCGGGCGAACGGUUGGCGCAAACUAAGAUGGCUACGCCAAUGUACAUGCAGGCUGGCCAAAUCGUGGACUUGCGAAAGAGCGAGAGGGUAGUUGUCGAAGGAUCCUAA